CUUGCGAGUACUUCUGUUUGCCCUUUAACGGUUCUCACUGAAGUCGACAGCAUUCCAGGUUCAAAAUUUGAAAAAGAUCUAGAAAAUUAUACUGUGGAACAACUGAGAAGUUGGUUAAAAUGCAGAGGAUUAAAACAGAGCAGAAAAUGAGAGGAGCUUUUGGAACAUGAUAGAGACUGCAUUAAGAGACUGAAAUUACUGCACUCUUGAUCCAGGUAUCGAUGAUGGCAGAUGGUUCACUGCAAAGGCCAUUAAGGCACGUAAUGAUUUGAAAGGAAAUUACAAAUUGUUUCUGGUUCCACUCAUACCAACAGUUGGCUGGCAUGCUUUUCCGUCCCAGAACAUUCCAUCACUGUUCAACUACGAGCAAACCUAUCACUAUGCUCUAGAAUCUAUUCAACAUUUCAGCAGGGAAGACCAAGACAACAGACUUGGCUACAUGACAGAUAAGCCAGUGAAAAACAGUAUAAAAAACGGGGAUUCUGGAUUUGUU